CAUUGUGCUUUUUAUUUUGAAAUUUUUGAUUGAUUUUUCAUUUUUUCAUUGUUUUUUAAUUAAUUAAGAAUAUUGUUCAUGGUUCCAUGAUUCAUGUUUUCUUCCUUCCCUCUGAAUUCCCCCCACCCAGAGUUGACAAGUAAUUCCACUGGGUUAUACAUGCAUCAUUGUUCAAAAUGUAUUUCUAUGUUAUUCUUAAUUGCAAUAGUCAUCAUUUAGAGCCCAAACCCCAGUCAUAUUCCCAUGAAACCACGUGAUCACUCGUGUAUUUUUCUUUUGAAUUUCCGCUCCCACAGUUCUUUCUCAUAAGUCCCUCAGAAUUGUCCUGGGUCAUUGCACUGCUGCUAGUAGAGAAGUCAAUUACAUGGGAUCCUGCUACAAUGUAUCAGUGUCUGUAUACAACAUUCUCCUGGUUCUGCUCCUCUCACUCUGCAUCACUUCCUGGAGGUCCUUCCAGUUCACAUGGAAUCCCUCCAGUUCUUCCUUCCUUUCAGCACAAUAAUAUUCCAUUCCCAUCAGAUACCACAAGGUGUGAGCCUCUCCAGUCAAUGGACACCUGCUCAUUUUGCAAUUUUUUGCCACCACAAAGAAGCGCAGCUCUGAAUAUUCUUGUAGGAGUCUUUUCCCUUAUCAUUUCUUUGGGAUACAAAGCCCAGCAGAAACACAAGUGUUCCUGACUGAUAUAUAUUUCAUUUUUGUUUAUUUUAUUUUUAUCCUGAAAGUAAGAAAACAAAAAAUAACAACUUAAACUACUGAACUUUCUUGAGGUAGAGUGAAUACAGAAAUGCAGUUUGUGUGAUUUUUCACUUAGCAGAUACAGGCUUUGAUUUUGUUUUACUAACUAAUAUCUCAAAAUUGAAUGAAGACUUUUUCAUGGAAAAUUGCUUUAAUAAGUUUUGACUAAACUUCUAAGUCAUGUUUUCCCUGCUCUGUAAUCUCUCUCUGAUAAAAGGAAGAAACAGAAAGGCUUCUUUUAGAAGAAGACUAAGGGACUAAAAGAGACUCAGUUAUCCUGAUUUCUUGGCUAGUUUUCCCAGAGGAUCCACUUGUCUUCCACUGAGAGAAUGCCUCUUAAGCAAGAAUAACAAUAUAAAGGGAAAGACCCUGAAAGGGUGCAAAUGUUUUCAGGUUGAGGAGAGACAGUUAAAUUGGGGAGCAAGAUUUAGUCUGAGGUACAGACUGCAGGGAGGACAGGGAUGCCUGCCUAGUGAUUUAGGGAAUGUGGGAGAGGGAUAUGUUUGGGAGAAUGAGGAGGGAUGCAAGGUCUGUCUGUCCUAAUUUGGAAGAAGCUGAGUAUAGGAGGGGCAGAGCUGGAAGAAGGCAGGAGAUUCUACCCCUAGGGAAGAGGGUGUGAGACCUAGAGAAGAGAUAGGGAAGGAGGGAAACUGUGGGGGAAGGAGGAGCCUCCCAGAUGGCCUAUCUGGUGGUUGAUGGCCCAGGUGGAAUUUGAGCUCUGGGGUGGAGUUUGGAGGCCUGGGAGGAAUCUAGAGUAGAAGAGAGGGAUUCCAGUGGUCCAGGAAUUUGGAGGGUUAGGGUGGGACCCUUGAGAUUCAGAAGAUCAGCCCAGAGUGGGUUGACUGAAAACCUGAACCACUGGAACUGAGAUCAAACUUUCUUCUUUUUCUGGAACCCCAGACAUUAGUCUCCUGUUGAAAACAAAGUCCUUCUGCCUUCUUGAAUACAGCCCAGUGCAUGUAGGUCAUAGGUAGGUCUGAGUCAGGAAGCCAUGUGGCACUUGGGUUCUGCUGGCUGCCUUUUCCUUUGAGUCCAAUCCUUCCUCUCUGACCUCAUGGUGAGUGUCCACUUGAGCUGAUGGGAGCACUUGUACCUCCCCCAUCUGGCUCUCUCUUCAACUCUCCUUUUUGUUUCUUGUCCAGGUUCCCCAUCAUAUCCCAAAUGUCUGGGGACACUGUCCUCUGGGUCACACUUCAGACCUCUCUCAUACCCACCCAGGAGCACUGCCUCUAACUCUCACCAGGAACCAUAUGCCCUAUUUCCCUUCCCCUAGCUCCUGUUCAGAAAUUCCAUUGCCCUACCAACAACCUUGGUUCUCUGCAGGGACCCAGGAGUCCUGCUUCUUUUCCUCCAGGACCUCCCUGGGACCCAGACACCAAAGCUUUUAAGGAAGGUGCCUUCACUGGACCUAUGGCUCUCCUGCAGCCUCCCCUUCCGAUCCCAGGCAUUGAGCUUCCUGUCUCUAGUUUACCUCCAAGGACCUGUGAAGGGUCAAAAGGUUUGGUAGGAUUUGGACAAAGGUCAGGAGAGCCGUCUCUUACGCACAAAGCAAUUCGUUUAUUUUUAGGAAAGUUCAAAUAGAAGAUAGAAAGGAAGAAGGCGAGAGAAGCCUUAUACCUAUACCUAAAAUACCAACCCUAACUAAAAUGGCUAAAAAAAGCCAACUCUCUCUGCCCUGGAGAGCAGUGUCUUCUGCCAGGGCCAGGACAGGCCUCCUCUGACUACACUGAAGAAUUUCCUCACUGUGGAUCUACCCAUCUAAACUAAUCAAUGGGAGCAUUAAUCACCUACCACCUCCUUCCAGGCUGUUAAGGCCUUUAAUCCUUUUUCUCUAUCCCCAACUCUCAGUUAUUUUAACUGUCAGUCUCAGAGACAAAAGCCCUGUCAAGUGACCCUUUUACUUAACUCCUCCUCUGUGUUCUACAUAAAGGAACCUUUAGCUCCCUUUCAGAGGCUGUCAGAUGUUAGCUGACUUACUGAGAAAUGUUUCUCUGAAAGAAACAGAGGGAGAGAGUACAAAAGCUCUUCUAACACGCCCAGAGAACCAGCCUGCAAGCUAAGCUCCAAAAGGGGGUCCCAGGCGUCCUCCCCAGCUCCUGGUUAGAGCCUGGGACCAUCUUCCUGCUUUCCCAGGCUCAGCUGCCCUCCUGGAACUCUUCUGGCAUCGGGAUGGCCCCUCCUCUCCCAGCUCAGUUACAGGGUCCUCCUCUGCUCCCAGCCCCUUCCUUGCCCAGGCCUCCUGCUUCCUGCCUCCCUUCUCAGAGCCCUCAGUGAGCCUGCCAGGCAAGAGAAUCCCAGCCAGGCUCUCCCUGCUGGACCUCAGCCUGCCUCAAUGCCUGCAGCCAGCCUCCUGCCCAGGAAGAGGAGACAAAGAGCUUGCAGAGGACCCAGGCCUGGAGCCAGAGGGGUGGCCCCUGGGAGCCCCGGCCCCCCAGCCCAGGUCUUGGUGACGUUCCAGGAUGUGGCUGUGGACUUCACCCAGGAGGAGUGGCGCCUCUUGGACCCUGGUCAGAAGGAGCUGUACAAGGAGGUGAUGGUGGAGAAUGCCCAGAACGUGUUCUCCCUGGGUCUUCCAGUUCUCAGAGAAGAUUGGAUCUCCUAUUUUGACCAAGGGGAAACUGUAUGGAUUCUUGAUGGAGAAGGCCCAAGCAACUCUUGUCUCGAUGGAGAGAGGAGGCUUGAAAUGAGAGAACCUAAUGCAAAGCUCAGAGAAGAGUCACAACAGCCAGGAUUCAUGAAUGAUAAUUGCUGUGACUUCAGUCUGAGAGAAAUCUGUGACACUGAUUUCAAGAUAGAAAAAACACAAAAGGUUCAUCAGGAAUUUGAUAAAAAUGGAAAGAAUAUCAGGCAAUAUUCCAUCUCAAUUCAGCGUAAGAAAAUGAUCUCAAACAAUGACUCUUUUCAGGACAAUAAAUGUAGGGAAUCCUUUAAUGAGCAAGUGGUAUUUGUUGAGUCUCAUGAGAAGCCUCCAGUAUUACAAACUUAUGAAUGUAAUAACUGUGAGAUGACUUUCAACUUAAAAUCAGAACUAAUUAGACAUGAGAAAAGUCAUGCUGGAGAACUGCUUUAUAUACAUAAUGAAGUAGAGGAAGCCUUUAGUCAUAAUUCAGAGCUCACUGACCACCAGAAAAAUCAGACUUUCACACAGAAACCUCAUCUGGUCAAACAUCAGAGAAUCCAUUCAGGAGAGAAACUUUAUGGAUGUAAUCAAUGUGGAAAGACUUUCAGAUGCAAUUCUGAGCUCCUUCAACAUCAGAGAAUCCACACUGGAGAGAAACCUUAUGCAUGUAAACAAUGUGGAAAGACUUUCAGACAGAGGGGCAGUCUUAAGGCACAUCAUAGAAUCCACACUGGAGAGAAGCCUUAUGAAUGCCAUCAGUGUGGAAGAAGUUUUAGGAUGAAAUGCAUUCUUAGUGCACAUCAGAGAAUCCACACUGGAGAAAAACCUUAUAAAUGUCAUCAGUGUGGAAAAACUUUCAGACAGAGCUGCACUCUUACUGAUCAUCAGAAAAUCCACACUGGAGAAAAAUCUCAUGAAUGUAAUCAAUGUGGAAAGAGGUUCUCUCGAAGCUCCAAUCUUGUUAUACAUCAGAGAAUCCACACUGGAGAGAAACCUUAUCAGUGUAAUCAGUGUGGAAAGACUUUUAUAUCCAAAACUGAUCUGCUUAAUCAUCAGAGAAUCCACACUGGAGAGAAACCUUAUGAGUGUAAUCACUGUGGAAAGAGUUUCAGACAGAAAUUCAAUCUUGUUGUUCAUGAGAGAACUCACACUGGAGAAAAACCUUAUGAAUGUAAUCAAUGUGGAAAAACUUUCCCAAGGCCAGACAGACUUGCUCAGCAUCAGAGAAUUCAUACUGGAGAGAAACCUUAUGAAUGUAAUCAAUGUGGAAAAACUUUCAGGCAAUACUUCAGUUUUGCUGAACAUAAGAAAAUCCACACUGGAGAGAAACCUUAUGCAUGUAAUCAAUGUGGAAAGGCUUUCAGAAGCAAUUCUGAUCUCCGUAAACAUCAGAGAAUCCACACUGGAGAGAAACCUUAUGCAUGUAAACAAUGUGGAAAGACUUUCACACGGAGUGGCAAUCUUGCUUCACAUCAGGGAAUUCACACUGGAGAGAAAUCUUAUGAAUGUGAUAAUUGUGGCAAAGCCUUUAGGAGAAAUUCAGAUCUUCUUGUUCAUCAGACAAUCCACACUGAAAAGAAAUGUUAUGAAUGUAAUCAAUGUGGAAAUGCUUUCAGAAUAAAAUACCAGCUUGCUAGACAUCAGAGAAUCCACACUGGAGAGAAACCCUAUGAAUGUGAUGACUGUGGCAAAUAUUUUACCGGCAAAUCUCAACUUGUUGUUCAUCAGAGAAUCCACACUGGAGAGAAACCCUAUGAAUGUGAUGACUGUGGCAAAUCUUUUACCUGGAAAUCUCAACUUGUUAUUCAUCAGAGAAUCCACACUGGAGAGAAACCUUAUGCAUGUGAUAAUUGUGGCAAAGCUUUUAGGAAAAAUUCAGAUCUUCUUGUUCAUCAGAGAAUUCACUCUGGAGAGUAGCCUCAUGAAUGUAAUCAAUGUGGAAACACUUUCAGAAUAAGAUACCAGCUUGCUAGACAUCAGAGAAUCCACACUGGAGAGAAACCCAAUGAAUGAUGACUGUGGCAAAUCUUUUAGCGAUUGCUCAUCUCUUGUUCAUCAGAGAAUCCACACUGGAGAGAAACUUUAUGAAUGUAAGCAAUGUAAAACCUGAAAACAGUCAUCCCUUAUUUCCCAUGAGAGAACAUACUAGAUAGAAAUCUUAUCAGAGCAAUGAGUGAGAAAAUGCAUUGAAAAGGAGUACAAAGCUUUAUUAGUCAUUCUGAGGACAAGCUGAAUAUGGAUUCAGUGUGGGAAGUCUUUCAGUCAGAGAUCAUCUCUUACUUACAGACAUCAUCAGAGGAUUCACAGUGGAGAGAAACCUUAUAAAUGUGCUCCCAGGGACAUGCCUUUUGCUGUGAGUGAGAAGUUCCUCAACAUCAGAAUCUUCACACUGGAAGGAAAACUUAGGAAAACCGUGAUAGUAGGAAACCCUUGAAAUGGAUUUAUUCUCAACUGUACAUUGGAGAAUACAUCUUGGGCAUCAAAUUAGGAAAUAAGUCCUUCUUGCAUUAGUGCAGAUUUAGUUAGAUAAUCUAAAUUUCACUUUGUGCACAAAGUCCGAUAAAAGUAAUACAUUUUCUUCUGAAAUGCUAUUGUUCUCAGUCCUCCUCAGUAACAUUCCACAGCAUUCUUAUACUGGAGCUUCAUCAGCCAUUCCCCAGUUGUUUAAAAUAGUCUCUUAUUUCCUGUUCUUUGGUGACACAAUAAAAGUUCUAGUAUAAGUAUUUUGGUUAAUAUUGGGCUUAAUUUCUUUAGGCUAAUAGGUGACACAGUAGACACAGUAGGCUACUUCACAGUAGGUGAAGUAGUAGACUACUUGAGGCUGAAGCCUUGAAUUCACAUCCAGUCCCUGACACUCACUGUGUGAACCUGGGCAAGACAUUUAAUAUUUUUACUGCCUCUUUUUUUCCUACCUGUAGAAUGUGUAUACUUGGACACCCACCUCUUGGGGUUGAUGUGAGGAUCAAAUGAGAUAAUAUUUGUAAAGUGUUUUGCAAAAAUAAAAUCACUUGAGGUAAA